AUGGGUCUUUUUUCACUGUCAUCGCGUGCUGGUAGCAAGAAUUUAUUCGCAAAAGUGAGUACAAUGGACGCGGAUCUUGAAAAAAUUGCCGUCGAGCCCGACUGGACCGGACGACAACUGUACGAUACGGUAUGCAAGCAAGAAGUGCCAAAACAAGGAGAUGGUUCAAUUCAUUUCUUAUUUUUGGUUAAGUUUUACCCAGAAGAUGUGGAAGAGGAGCUGAUUCAAGACAUAACACGACAUCUUUUCUUUCUGCAAAUCAAACAGAGUAUUCUCUCGAUGCAACUGUAUUGCUCUGCUGAGGCAUCCGUUCUUCUUGCAUCUUAUGCCGUGCAAGCAAUCCAAGGCGACUGUAGUGAAGACUCACGUCUGGAACUGAGUGAGCUGUUGCCCGAAUGUGUAAUUAAGCAAUACGAUAUGUCUGCACAAAUGUGGCAGGAACGAAUACGACGGUGGUGGGCGAAUAAUGCUGGACAGAGCAGGGAGGAUGCAGAAAUGGAGUAUUUAAGAGUGGCACAAGAUUUGGAAAUGUACGGCAUACAAUAUUACCCAAUAUGUAAUAGUAAAGAAACGGAUCUGAAUCUUGGUGUAUCGGCGCAAGGUAUCGGUAUAUACAAAGAAUCCAAUCGAAUCACACCACGACCAUUCUUUUCCUGGAGUGAAAUCAAAAAUAUCUCCUUCAAGAAUAAACUUUUUACAAUGCGAACGAUGGACAAGAGUACAAUAACAUUCCGCGCGAAAGAUAUGUCCAUCAAUAUGAGUAUAUUGGAUUUAUGUAUUGGAACGCAUAAUCUCUAUUUACGCAGAAGACAACCUGACUUGUUGGAAGUACAGCAGAUGAAAGCACAAGCUAAAGAGCAACGCAUUCGACGAAUCCAAGAACAAAAUCGACUGACACGCGAACGUGAGCAACGUCUUCAAGCAGAGAGUGACCGUGAUCGGUACAAGAAUGAAUUCAAUGCUGCGAAUGAAGAGUUGUGUGCACUUAGGGAGGCAAUGAAGAAGACUGACGAGAGAGCACAGUUGUUGGCUGAAAAAGCUCGCGUUUCUGAAGAAGAGGCGUUGGUGCUAUCGAAGAGGGCGAGUGAAGCCGAAGCUGAAUGUCAACGAAUGAAAAUCUCACAAAUUAAGUCAGAAGAAACCAAAAUGACAUUGGAACGAAAGGCUCGCGAUGCCGAACUCGUCGCACAUCGUCUCUUGCAAGAAACCGAACGCCGUAAUCGUGAGGCAUUCAUGUAUCGAAGUCAGUUCCUCGCCACUGAGCCUAGUUGGCCUCAAGGUUGGUAUUCAGCAUAUGCUCUGCCAUGUGCACAACAAUACGCCUCAUCGACUUCGUCGCAUCACCAUUUAAUGUCGUCGUCGAGCAGUGGUGAUGCCAUCUGCUUAUCAGCACAGCAACAACAAGACGCUAUUGACAAUAAUUCAUCGCACUCCAAUCAUCAGUUAUUAUCCGCAUCUCACAGUAAUAAUCUCAAUUCAAAUGCGACCAACCAGUUCAAAAUACCGCUAUUCAGAAGUGAAGCGUAUUUGAAUGGUGCUCCACCAGACCCAUCCAAUAAUCAGUUGAUGACAUCCGAUCUCACUGCGUUACGUUCAGAAGUUGAAAAGUCAAGAGCCGAAUACAACGAGAAAACGAAACAGUUAAAGCAAAAAAUGAGUGAAUUUCGUGCUGAAAUCGAGAAUUUAAAAGUGGAAGAUAGGCAAACCGAACACGACCGUAUUCAUGCGUCCAAUGUGCAGAAAGGAAUGGACAAAUAUUCGACACUCAGAAAGGUUUAUUCAUUCAUUAUCAUUUCAUAUAAAUAUUCCUUGAGUAAUUUCUAUGAUCUUUCCCUUUCCUGCAGUGCGGCUGGUUCAACGAAAUCGCGAGUGCAGGUUUUUGAAGGACUCUAG